AUGAAGAAGACUCUCAUUAUCUUUUUAGGCUUUAUAUGGGUUGCAGAUGCAUUCCUCUGUGAGCUAUUUCAUGUAUGUCCCUCAUCAUCGAGUUCCGUUCCAGCAAGUACUCAAUUAUCUCCAACACCAUCUUCCAAUCCUGCUCAAUCAACCAGUAUGAGUCAAGUGACUUCUGCUUCAAAUAUAAGACCCACAUCUUCUAUUGCUUCAUCAAUGGUUCCUAGUUCAAUUGUCAGCAGUAGUCUUAUACCAUCCUCGUCAAUACAAGUAUCAUCAAGUGCACCUACUUCCUUCACUUCUUCUAUUGCCAGCAGGACUUCUUCUGUAGUCACCGGUAGCAGCAGUACUAGUAGCACAGCAACUCCCUCAAGUUCAGCGUCGGCUAAACCAUCGAAUGGAGGUACUAACACAGGAGUCAUCGUUGGUUCAGUGUGUGGAUUUGUGGCUAUCUUGGCUGCUGGUUUUGCCUUUGCCUUCUUCACAAGAGUAAAAAGACGCAAUCGUCGUCGUAACCAACGACUCUACAGCAAAAAUUCGGCCUCACCUAAUGAAAACACAUUUCAACCAGAAAUGAUCAGUCGUCCUUCGCCUGCUCCUGUGAAUGCUUCUGUAGAGUAUCAUGACCCAUCCACAGUAUCUCCCGUUCCGCCUAAUGCUCAACCUUAUGGUUACUAUCCCUCUCCUCAAGUAGGAUAUGCUGAUCCAUACUAUCCUCAUCAGACAUACUAUAACGAUGCAUAUUACCAUCCUCAACAGAUGCAACAACCACAACAAACAUAUUAUGAUCCAUAUCAACAAUAUCCUCCUGUCAUGUCUUCUCAGCAAUCCAGCAAUAAGUACUCAGUUCCUCAUACAUAUGACAAAACUCUCAAACCAGAUGCAAAAUAG